AAUGGAUAAUAUGGAUAAUUGUAGUGCGGCAAGCUUUAAUGAAAAGGAAAUAGAAAACAAUUUGAAAGACUUAUUGGAGCGGGUCUUAUUAAAAAUAGAGAAUUUCAUUGAAACCAAAGAGGAAUUGAACUAAGUGGAGGCUGAAUUAAAAGACUAUGAAAGUUUGUCUCAUUUGAUCGGUAUAAUCAAGGCAGUUUUUACAAACCUUAUGAUGAAAGUGGAAAAGAAAAUAUCGUAAGUAGUUAAUUAAAAUAUUAACAAAGCAAAUUAGAAAAGUAACUUGAUCCAAACCAUUCAAUGACCAAGAGUUUGAGGUCGGAUGAGGAGUACGAGAAGUUAGAGCAAACAUUAAUUAAGUACGAGAGUGAAAUCAGAAAUCACAUCAGAGUAUCUUAUCUAUCAUAUCUAGAUUGAAUAAUAACUCAAGUUAUAUGCAGAGUCUAUUCAAAAUAAGUUAGACGAGAGCGAAUCAAGCAGAGGCGAGCUUCUUGAAACCACUAAGAAGUUGAUUAGUGUAUUGAUUUCAUUACAAUUAUAGAAUUUAAAAAGAGAAAACCAAACUUACCAUGAAACCUAGCACAAAUUAAACAUGGAGAUUGUUAGCUUAAAAUAAAUUAUUAAUAAUUUAGAAAAAGAGAAUAGGAGGAAAUCCUAAGACUUUAGUUACAGAGAUAAUUUAAAGCCCUAUUCAAAGAAAAACCAAUAACCAGUUAUUCAACAAUUACAAUUUUAAAGUAGAUUUUUCUAUUAUAUUUUCAGAUUAAAGAAAUUAAAAAUCUUGUUCUGAACACAAAUUAAAUUCUUAGAUCAAUCAUACCUCCUUCACACUUGAAAACAAUGAAAUACCAAUCAAAUCGUAACCCACUCUAAAAUAAAACUAUUACAAUAUAAUCAAUUAUGGAAAUUAAGGCAACAAAGUAGAUGUUCUUAAAGUUAUUCAAUAAAAAGAUUUGAACAAAAUUUAUGGUUAAAAAUUAAAAAGCAAAAACAAUUCACUCUCUACAAUUCAAGAUGUAAUCCAGAGUAUUUCAGUUCAAGACAGAAAAAAAGGAAUCAUUAGCUAACCAGUUUCUAAAAAUAGUUCUCAAGAUAAUAGUUAAAUCCAGAAAUAUAAAGGUAACGCAUUUAAUAAUAACCUAUAGAAACAUGUGAUUAGAGUAGAAGUAAGAGUUCACGAAGAGCUAACAUAGGCACAAAGCAAAUUCAAAUUGAAUCUCAGAUAAAAUUAACUAGUUGA